AUGCACGUGACCUCAUUCCUCACCUUCACCUUGGCCGCUGUUUACCCUGCAAUGGUAGCAGCCGACUAUGAUAUCAAAUGUGAAACGAGUGGCGCCAGUCCCUGGACAGAAGAUGUCACUGCAGUCAUCAACCAGAUUAAGGGAAAGUCGGAUGGCCCCGGACAGAGCUGCAUAAACCACAAUUCAAUUGGAAGCUAUUGCACAACUGUUGCAAAGCAUUUUAGUGCUGGCCUUGCUACCUGCAACUCUCAUAAUGAUAUCAAGUGCAGUGAUGUUGCAGAUGUUGUCAACGCUCUGCAGCAAAAGUGCAAGGCUGAUGUGGAGGGCCAUGUACGUGUUGGGGGGACCGCAAAACUUCAUGGAGUGGACAUUAGAGUCUUCCAUCAAUCAAUCGAUGGUAAGUUUCUGAUGACAUGA